GUCCAACUUUUGUUUUCUUAGUGCUAAAACUCGAGCCCAAACACUGCGAGUAGCGUAUAGUCCGCCGAUACCCCUUUGAAUGAUUGUCAUCCGUAAAAAUUAGUCACUUUUGAUUACCCCACGCGCUCCAUCGCACAUCCAUUCAGCGCUAAUUAGAUUCGCCUCGUAAUGCCAUUAAAUUUGACACGGCGUUGUGUUGUAAUUUCAGGUUCGGUCCUUCAAAAAUGUGUUUUUAAAUGAUUAUUUAAAUUAUCACAAAACCGCACAACAACAAAAACCAUCGACACGCACAACACAGUGAAUUUAGGCAAUUUUAAACCACCCCACAUAAAAAAACGCGUAACGUACCGCUUUUUGAUUGGUUGUAACGCUUUUUUGCCCGAUCCUCUCCUUACCUAUUGCCAUGUAACGUUCAUCAAUUUGUAUCGAUUUUGGUUACAUUAUUCCUUGGCUCGCUCGAGAAUGGUGGCAAGGUAAAGUAAAAACAGCUAAGUAAACUAUCGAUCACGAUCGGUAUCGCACCACCACCAUACAAUGCACCACAAGUUUUCCCCGGCACGGGGGGGCAAAGCAUUUUUUUUAUUAUGAUUGUAUCCGUCGCGUCCGUCAUCGUCGUCUUCAGGUCGUUUGCGUUCGUUAGCGCGAUUUGAAUAACGUUAACGAGAGCUUUUUCUGGCACACGCGACUUCUUCCCCAUAAGCGCACACCACGGAAUAUGAUGGACGCACGAUCGGGUGUGCGAGCUCGCACACAUGUGUACCCGGUAAUGGCCUAGAGGCGUUUGUUUAUUGAUGUUUAUUUUUUCGAAGUUUGAAGUUGUGUGUUGCGUCGUUAGGGAAGCCACAACGAAAGGGGGAAGGAAAGCUCCUUCAUUCGGGACCGCGAGUUCGGAGAUGUGGGAUCUUCCAUUGUGUUCACAGCUGUUUGGCUAGAUUUUCGGCUGUGCGGAUCCGUCCCCGAACCGGUCUUCAGUGGUGUUCGGGAAGGUGUUGAAGACACAUCUCUCUUGCUGACAGCUCGGAGCGAAGCACAGGGCUCUGUGUUCAGCUAACGCUGUUGCGAAGAUCGAUGGGAGCUAUCGGUGGUCGGCGGCGUGCAAGCAGUUUUGCAGCUCCCAAUAACCCGGUCACUGUUGGCAGUGUGUUGCGAUGGAGUGCAGUGGGCAGUUUGGUGAUUUGUGUGCUAGUGCUAGUAUUACCCUGGCCACUGCCUUACGAACAGUCGGUCGAAGAGAUCAUGCAGGAGCGUUCGAAUCAUCUGCGGGAACAGUGUCAAACGAUUCUAACGCACGGCACGAACCAGUCGGCGUCAGGUGCACGAACUUCAAAACCACAGUCCCUGUACUAUAACUACUUUUAUCAACCCCGGUUCCAAAUGCUUUGGUGUUCGAUAAGCAAAGUAGCGUCCAGCAGUUGGAUGUAUCAGUUCAACCGCUGGGCGGGUGUUUCGCGCGAUAAGAUCGCCCAGGCAGCACGAGAUAUGAAGGCACUGGCGCGAAUGUACUAUCCCGUGCCGACACGUGCCGACGUGGAACAAAUGAAGCAGAACGUCGCGUUGCCAGCGAUCCGAUUUCUGUUGGUGCGUGAUCCAAUGGAUCGGUUCGUCAGUGCGUACGAGGAUCUGAUCGUGCGGCCGCAGAGUGAUAACUAUCGUAACCUCCGGCGGUUUAUCUUUCGCGAGGUGUACGGCGUGGACGCGCCCGCAGGCACAGCCGAGAAUGGUACCGCCACGCCGCCGCCGGUACCGAGCUUCAGCGACUUCACCGAAUUUGUGCUCCGUCGCACCAACGUGCUCGAUCCACACUGGAACACUUACUACAAUCUGUGCGAUCCCUGCUUCCUGCAGCCGACCGUAAUCAUCAAGCUGGAAACGUACGACCGGGACGUGGCGCACCUUCUCCGGCUGGCGAACGUAACCACCGGUGCGGAUAAUUAUGAUAAUGCACGGAGCGGCAACGCAUUCGAGGGACAUCGUCUGAAUGUUAAUCAUCAUCGCGCGCCGGGUGACACUUUACACCGCAACGCCUCCACGAUUGACCGGUUGGCGGAACUGACGAAGGAACAGUUCGAGCGAUUGUAUCGCCGGUACGAGCUAGAUUUUCGAUUGUUUCAGUACGACGCGAGCCACUACUUUGCGAUGUACGGGACGGAUUGAAUCACGCAGGGUGAAACUGUGAUGUUAAGAGAGUGGGCUGUAGGUUUUAGAUGAGGUUCGCGAUACAUCUCGUUUAGGUAGUAAGGUAUGUAAUAAAAGGGUAUUAUGUUACACGCGUGAUUUUUGUUACUCUAUGCGGUGCGGUCUGGAGGUGUGCAAUGUGUUAUUCUGCGAGUUUAGGGUAAAAUAAGCGUGAAGCAUGUAAUUGCAUACUUUCAGGCGCAAUGCACCCAACAACCAACCCUAGAAGUAAGCCAAGUGGAGUUUGAAACAGUUGCUCAAAAAAUUAAAAGGAACCAUCUAAAAUGAUGCGGAUUUGAAUUUUAAGUUAGAAGAGAUGCUAAGGACAAAGAUCUAGCUCGUUUCAGAGCUUUCAUUUAAACCGACAAUAAUGAAAUGCUUCGCCGUACAGUUAACAAAAAAAAAACAAUAAGAGAUGAAUAAAAACAAACGGCUUUUCAUAGGCAUCCCGCUUGAAGAGCAACGAUUA